AUGUGCCAUAUGCAGCUGGGCUACUGCGCGGCUAACAUGCGCAGACAUACGCAGACUUCAACUGGGACGUUGGUACUUACGAAAGAUACCACCGGUGAGGGUAUCGAGCGCGCGGCUUACAUUGGACCGACGUUCUUGCGCACGCCUUUUCUCUCCUUCUCUAUUUUCCCAGCAUGCCGGGUCGAUGCUCCUCUCAAUAAGCUUAAAUGCCAGACGGGUUUGUCGGUUACUACUGUCAGGUUCGUCCGCGAUGCCAUGUCUAGCAUAGUCGACGUCGUGUGUGACCCAGAUGUCCUGCCGAACACCCGAGAUGGGAAAAUCGACAAUCCAAUGCCACUCUUGGGAGCUCCGUCCACCAUCUUCACCACCACCCAUUCUUCCCGCGCCAGUGCCCCCGUAAGGACGACAAGACGGCUGAACACCCCAGAAGACCUUAGUAGGAAGGCUGGUCCCUGUUCCAUCUGGUCUUUGGUUUUCUCCCGGGGCUGA